AUGUCUAACUUAACAUCCACAUCCACUUCUUCAAAGAUAAAUGUUUCAACUUCACAAACCAGAACAACGAUAAAUUUAUCACCGAGUAAUGUCGAUAAUUCAGAUUUUCAAGAUUUCUUUAAGAAUUCACGUGGUCACGAAAUUUAUAGUGAUAGAUUUUCGUCACCUUCCGAAACUUUUCAAUCACCUUCAACAACGAAUCCGGGAUUCUCUUGGCGUUUGAACCAAGUGACUGAUAUGAAUUAUAAAAGUAAUGAGAAGAUUGACUUGAAUUGUACUUCAACAAGUAGUAAUGAGAAGAUUGAUGAAAAAGAUUCAGAAAUGAUACUUUUAAGAUCCAUUCCACCUUCAACUGAAAUGUAUUUUCCUGAUGAUGUGAGAGAAUUAACUAGUCACGGAAUUAAAAAUUUUUGUGAUUUCGAAACCAUCUUUCCUGAAAAGAAUUUUGAUCAAUCGAUUACAUUGGUCAUCAUAAUAAAUUUUUAUAAAUUAGAAAUUGAAGAAAUUAAUAACAUUGAUGAUGAUUCCGAAAAUAUGAAUGGUAAUUUUAUUGAAAGUUUUAAUAAUCCAAUUUGUAGUGAUAUCUUAUUUAAUUUGGAUUGUGGAUCAAAGAUUUAUGCCAAGAGUGAAUUUCUUGCAAUGAAAUCACCAUUUUUUAAAAAAUUAUUCGACGGCGAAGUCACAUUUCAAGAAGUCGAGGCCGGAGUUAAACGAGUUUUUAUUAAAAACACGAAAUAUGAUUAUUUUCGAUUGGUUAUUUAUUUCGCUUAUACCGGAAAAAUUGAAUCAUUGGAAGAACAAAAUUUAUCUUAUGAUGAUUUAAUACAAUUAUUAAUGAUGGCUCAAUCAUUUGAAUAUAAAGAAUUUGGAAACGAGAUUACUUUAAGACUUGGAAAUAUCAUUAAUUUAGAGAAUUGGGAUGAAAUUCUUUUAAUCAAUAAAAGGAUAGGUUGUAGUGAAUUAAAAUGUAAAGUAUUAAAAUUUAUUAAUGAGAAUUGGAAUCAAAUAAGAGAUAUUAAUUGGAUUAAAAAAUUCGUUGAUCUGGACGAUUUUGAAUUGAUUGAAGAAAUAUUUGAAGCAAAAUUCUUUAAACAUUAA